CACCAAGUCGGAUGGAGAAGGAGCACGGGCAAUAAGCGAGAGUUGGUCGCGACGAAAAGAUAAGUCACAUUUCGUACACUUGUUUCUCGAUUUUCAGUUUCAGUGCACUGUGUGUACGGCGUAGGAUCGAGCGUAUGAGAGAGGAGGUACUAUCACGACUUUUUUUUUUGUCGUACCAAUCCUUGUCGAACGCGGACUUUCUCCAAUAAGCGCGAUAACUCGUGCAAGUGGUUUAGAUUUUUGGUUUUUUUCGAGCCAGCCACAUCGAUGCGAAUAAAACCGGCUGAUAAUUUCGAAAAUGAACGGUAAUUCGAAUAUACCAUUGAGGAAGACGUUCAACAGGCAAACGUCGAAUUCCAAAAUACCCGUUAACGAUCAAACCCAAAGAUGGAAAUACAAAUACGAGGAAGCCGAAGAAAAGAGGAAAUCGCUGUUAACACAAAAAGAAAAAGCUCUCAGAAGUUUGAACGACAUAGAAAAGAAGUACUUGAACUUGCAAAUCAAACACGAACACUUAGAAACGGAAUUAUUCGAAAAAAAUGAGGAAUUCACCAAAUUAUCGACGGCAUCUAAAAACCUCUACAAAGAAUACGAAACGUUGAAGAACCAAUACGAGACCGAAACUCGGGCUAUGUCAGGAGCGCUGAAGGACGCCUCGCAAUGGUACAGGGAGAACAAGGAGCUGAAGCGCAGGACGCUGCUGCUGAUGGACCGGGACGCCGUCGACGAGGGCGUCGACGCCGGCGACGGGGAGUCCACCAACUCGGAGGCCGAGCUGGAGAACCUGAACAAGACCAUCAAGCAAUUGAGCGCGGAAGUGGCCGAAUUGCAAACGGAAGUCGACUCAUUGAAGCAGGUGGAAUUCCAAACGACCGAAGAGAAUAUCAAAUUAACUGAAGAAUUGGAUGAAGAAAAGCAGCGAAACAAUGAAUUGUCAUUACAAUUAGCAGAACUGAGAAAAGAACACGAGCAAACGCUGAGGGUUUUAGACAUGACGAAGAAGGAAAUUAUGGACCUGAGAGCGUUGGAAGAGGAACAAAGGACCAACCUGAUUAAUUUAAAAAAAGAAUCGGACAAUCACAAACGCGAACGAAACGUUUUGAAGCACCAAAGCGCUUUAAUCAUCCAAGGUCUACAAGAAGACGGCGGUAAAUACAUGAUGCUCAUACAAGAAAUCGAAGAUUUGAAAAACACACUAGAAGAAGAACGAAACAGGCACGAGGAGGAAAUAAAUAUGCUUCAAGAGCGACUCGAAGAUCAAGACAACAACGCCCACAUAGAGAUCCUCGAAGAGAGAUUGAAACUGGUCGAAUCGGAAUUGCUGCAGGCGAAGGAGCGCGCGGACAGAGCGGAAGAGAAGCUUAAAGCUUCGAUGGUACCACCGCCGCCGCCGCCGCCGCCACCCAUGCCGAUGGUGCCGCCGCCGCCGCCGCCACCGUCCUGCGUCGACCCGCCCGUGGUGCCUCUGAGAAGGAGGAAAAGCAAAGUGGCUCUAUCGGACUUGGCCGAAUGCAUAGGCGUUAAGGAAAAUAUUGCGCAAGAGAAGAAACCACCUGCUCCUGGGGUUAACGAGGACAUAAUAAACGCGAUUAAAUCCGGCCAGUUUACGUUGAGGAAGGCGAAGAAGGAAAAGGAGAAGAAGGAGAACAAAGAACAACCGAAGGCGGUUUCUGAAAUGCUCAAUAUUCUCGGUAGUUUAAGGAGAGCGCCUAAGAAACGCCAGAGUCAAUUUUUCGGUGAUGUGCAAUUGUAGAUGUCAUUUGUACGUGCUUGUGUCUGUUUAUAAAUGUUAACCGCUAGUUUUGUAUUUAUCUAUUUUAUAUGUAUACUUGAUAGUUGUAAUUUUUAUAUUUUUUUGUUACAAUAAAAACAAUAUUGUAUAAAAUCAAAUAUAUUUGAAAUCCUACUUAAAAGAAAAUAGUAAAAAUAGAAUUUUAUUUAAAACAGUAACAUAAAUUAAUAUGUAAACCAAUAAUUUAAUCAAAAGUAUAACAAUUCUUAAACGU